AUGGCACCUGCCGCAAACUCACAAUCCGUGGCGUCGGCCGCCUUGGACAAGGCCGACGUCUCAGCCCGACAGCCCGCUCGAGAUUCAUACCCUCCAGCCUCGUCAAUACCUACAACAUCGGCAGCACGGCUCGCAAAGUCUGCUGAGGGUGCCACCCAGGGCUUAGAUGCGUCAGCCAGUGAUACUGUGCUGUAUCUGGCCUAUGGCUCUAACAUGUGUGCCAAAACGUUCCUCGGUGUCCGUGGCAUUCGACCUCUGUCACAGGUGAAUGUUGCAGCUCCCAGUAUACGACUCACUUUCGAUCUCCCAGGAGUGCCGUAUCGCGAGCCGUGUUUUGCAAACGUUGGAUUUCGAAAUGUGCCAGAGGAGAAGAAGGCACAUCGCGCCGAGUCCGUCCACCAAGAUAUGGAAUGGGAUGGGAGCCUCAUCGGGAUAGUCUACGAGGUCACUCAGAAGGACUACAGAACAAUUAUGCGCACAGAAGGGGCUGGAUCGAGCUACAAAGAGAUAGUUGUUCCCUGUUACCCCAUUGCCCCGAAAGAAACUUUCCCAAAGGGGCCAACGCCAUUCCUCGCAAGGACACUGUACGCGGCGUACAAUUCAAAUGGAGAUGACAAUAGGAGAUGGUGGCAGCGCCUCCUGGACGGCCGACAAAGACCAGAUCCUAACUACGCUCAGGCGAGUCUGCGUUACCUUAAUCUCCUCCGGGACGGUGGAAGGGAACAUGAUCUGCCUGCCAGCUAUCAAAAAUACCUGGCAUCAUUGCACUCUUAUAUGACAACGAGAUGGACUCAGAAAGUGGGACAAUAUGUGUUCCUUGCCCUUUGGGCUCCUCUGUUGAUAUUCAUCCUCUCCAUGACAGGAUUUCUCGCCGAUGAGACGGGAAAACUUCCACCCUGGCUUGCAAAAGGCGUAGCCAUGUUAUUUAACGUCAUGUGGAUGUCGUACGAUGUUGCCUUUAAGCCUAUAUUUGGCGACGGUGAGAGAACCGAGGAGGAGAAUUCGGAGGACGAAGGUUCGCUUGUAGGAAAUGUUAAGGCGUAA